GUGCUUUGGCGCUCUAUUCCUCCAUCCUCACCCGUCAAAUUAUCCUCCUCUUAUCUCCUCUCUCUGUCUCUACCACCAAAAUUUCAUCAAUGGCGGUAUCAUGGAGGAUGAUCUCCAAUACAUCCAACCCUAAUUUUCACUACUCAUCUUCAUCUCCCUUUUUCUCUACUUCAACUUUUCCAAAAAACCCUCAUGCUUCACACUUGUUUACCAUCUCAACAACACACAAUUUACCACGAGAUCCUAAACUUUCAACUUCAGUUUCUGGAAUCUGGGACGCUGUUACAGGAGGAGGCGGUUCAUCUCGUGAAGCCCUCAUAGCUAUUCGACGAGGAAUGGUCCUCUUUCGUCAGGGCGAUGUAUCUGGGUCUGUAGCAGAGUUCGAUAAUGCAAUCAAACUUGAUUCUCGUCAAAAGGCAUGUGAAUCUUUGGCAGAGAGGGCUCUCACUAUAUUACCUUGAUAGGUUUGAAGAAGGUGCCGAGCAAUUCCGGAUAGAUGUAGCACAAAAUCCGAACGACACUGAGGAGUCGAUUUGGUGUUUCCUUUGUGAAGCUCAACUAUAUGGAGCUACUGAAGCAAGAAAACGAUUUCUUGAGGUUGGAAGAGAUCCUAGACCUGUAAUGAGAGAAGCUUAUAACAUGUUCAAAGAUGGUGGUGACCCUGAAAAGCUUGUCGCUGUGUUUUCUGAAGGACGAGCAAGCGAGUAUUUUUAUGCUUCGCUAUAUGCCGGUCUUUAUUAUGAAUCUCAGAAUGAAGCAGACAAGGCCAAAGUACACUUGGUCGCUUCAUGUCAAUCGCCUUAUGGACUAAGGUCUGAUGAUUAUAUGGCUUCCCUGGCCAAGGUUCAUUGCGCAUGUCGAAAAUGGGAGUUGUAACGUGGCUCAAUCCUCAAAUGCUAUCUUACAUCGAGUUUGACCUUUGAGAACGGUUGGGAAUUCUUAUAGAUCCGAAAGUUGUCCCUAAUCUCGAGCAAAAUACGUAAUUAUUUCUGAAAAGUAAGAUGUAAACAACCUUAAAGAUUUUGUUAGGCUUUAUUUUGGAGUAGCUACAUGAUGAAUUGGCUGAGCAUUGUUAUUAUGAAAGAAGAUGCAAAUAGCUGAAAUAUCAUCUGUUGCGAUUCCUUUCC